AUUGAUUGAUUGGCUGACUCGACUGUGCAGGCGUCUACGCAAGCAUGCCACUUCGACACCCUGCCAGGCAGCACCUCUCGAGUCUGGCUUGUCUCCCAUCACACGUACAUCAUGUGCAGCUGUUGCAUCCACAGAGGAGGAUAGCGAAGAUCCCUUGGACCUAAGCCAAUGGGGUCUUCCGGCGGAGGUGGUGACUGGCUAUGCCCGCCGCGGUGUCCAGCGCAUGUUUCCCUGGCAGCUCAAGUGUCUGCGCACCGGAAAUGUGCUUGCCGGUGCUGGAAACCUCGUGUACUCUGCUCCGACAAGUGCUGGCAAGACACUGGUGGCCGAAAUCUUGAUGCUGAAGCGCAUCUUGGAAACGAAGACCAAGGCCUUCCUGGUGCUCCCGUUUGUCUCACUCGCCCGGGAGAAGGAGCUCGUGUUGGCCGAGCUGUUUGGAGGCUGCGGUGUGCGUGUGGGUGGCUUUCUAGGUCAGAGGCGUCCACCAGGGGGCCUCUCUGGUGUCGACCUGGCAGUCUGCACCAUUGAACGUGCAAACAACCUGCUCAACGGGAUGCUGCUGGAUCAGGGCUCUUUGGGUGAACUGGGAAUCCUAGUGGUUGAUGAACUCCACCUGGUGGGGGAUGCUCACCGUGGCUACCUUCUUGAACUGAUGCUCACAAAGGUGGCCUAUGCACAGAAGAGAGGCCUGGUGGGACCCCGAGGUGUCCAAGUGGUGGCCAUGAGUGCCACCCUCUCUAACCUCUCGGCUCUGGCUAAGUGGCUCAGUGCUGACCUCUACCAGACCGACUUCCGGCCUGUUCCUCUGCGGCAACUGUUCAAGCUGGGCCAGGACUUGUGCGAAGGUCCCGACCUGCGACCCGUCCAUCGUCUGCCAGCUGGGGCAUCGGACGACCCAGAGGGCCUCCUCGCGCUCUGCCUGGAGACUUGGGCCGAAGGCCACGCGCUGCUUGUGUUCUGCCCGACACGGCGCUGGUGUGAAGCCCUGGCAGCCUCGCUAGCACGCACCUUGCAGCAGCUUGUCACCGGCACUGACAACCCAGGUCUCCCACGGCGUGAACUGGCAGAAAAGUUGCGUUCCCGGAUCAGUGCGGAAACGGGGCAGCACCUAGUGGAGCGUCUGCGGUCUACACCCGGUGCAAUGGAUCCUGCUCUCGCCUCGUGCUUGUCCAUGCAAGUGGCAUUCCACCAUGCGGGCCUGACGAUGGAGGAGCGUGACCUGCUGGAGUCGGCGUUCCGUGAAGGCACCAUCCGAGUCCUCGUGGCCACCACGACCCUUUCGUCCGGAGUGAAUCUCCCGGCACGGCGGGUCAUCAUCCGGUCGGCCAACUUCCAGGGGCGACCCAUCGAUUCCCUCUCCUACCACCAGAUGGUGGGGCGGGCGGGUCGCAUGGGCCUGGACACACAGGGCGAGAGCAUCUUGAUGUGCCGUGACGUGGACCGACCUCUGGCCCAGCGACUGAGUCGGGCCGAAGCACAACCCAUCACAUCCUGCCUGUCGGGCAGCAGCACAAGCUUGCGCAGGGCGUUGCUGGAGGUGGUGGCCAGUGGUGUGGCAAGCAAGCCCGAGGAACUCUGCCUCUACACUGAGUGCACUCUGCGGCACCAGCUCUGCACUGGCGGAGGAGCAAAAGAAGACCUCGACGGGGCACUUCAAUUUUUGGUUGAUCACCAGCUCGUCCACCUUCAGGGGGAAGAUGGGGACCGACGCUAUUGUCCCAGCCAGCUGGGUCGUGCCGUGCUGGCUUCGGGCCUUUCACCCGACGAUGCACUCAGCAUGGUUGGUGAGCUGGAGCGUGCCCGGCGCUGCCUAGCCCUUGACAGUGACUUACACCUGGUGUAUCUGGUCACACCUGGACACCUUGGUGCGCAGCUGUCAUCCGACGAGUCGUCCCCAGUGGCCGAGUACAGUUCCGUGUCCUCGCUGGUGCUCGAACAGGUGCUUCGUUUUCGCGACGAGCUUGCCAAAGGUGAUCUCUGGCCGGACAGCGCCGCAGAAGGCUCCGCGUCUACAGCCAUUAGGCAGUGA